CUGAACCAGACCAUGGAGAUGCAAUCUGUCAACAAAAUGUUGCACUAAACAUCCGUACAUGUGUAUCCGAAUACAGCGACAAUGUUGAUCCAAUUAUGUCCAACAAAAAGCGUCAAGGUGAUGCAAAUCGCAAGCAAUUAUCACAUCAAGCAGAAGAGCCACUCUCGCCACAAUGCUCUAGUAUUGGUUUUGGACAAAAAGAGGUUGAUGAAUGCACACAAAAUUCAAUUGAUCAUAGAAUAAGAAGAAAAACAAAGAACCAACAAGGAGUACUCAAAGAGAACCGGAUCAUGGCACAGAAAAUUGCUCAGGAUAAAGCUAUGGGCCAUAAUAAUUCAAAAUUUACACAACCUCGUCCAAUUAAGGAUGGAACCACAGUGAUACUUAAGACAGCAAGCCGUCCAAAUAAGGCAAUUGUGGCCUAUGCAACCAUUCUGAGCUCUAGUCCAAAAGAAAGUGUUGGUGGAGUUGAGAUAGGAAAACAAUUCUACAAAGUCCGAAUCAACCAUCCUGUUUUACAAGAUGAGCCUUUGGUUAGGCCCAUGCCUGGCUACGACAAAAUUGGUGAUGCCCAUGCAAAAGGAGUAGCAAUUGCUUGGCCUUGGCUUUGUGUUCAAAUGAUCAAUGGAUGAAUUUGUAGAUUUGGAUGCGCAUGAGACAUGACCAAGAAACAUGAAUUCCAAGAAUAUUUCUUAUUUGUAGUUACAUUUCAUUUCCACCUUUACAGACUUGUACUAUCUACCACUUGCUACAUUUAUUCCCUAGAAUCAUAUCAUUGUGUAAAUAUAUAAUUGUAUUUUGUGAACAAGUACUAUGUUUUUACCUUCCUCCAAUCAAUGCAAGUGAUUACUCGAAGUUGUGAUUUU